AUGGCUCUCAAGUCUACCUCAGAACAGACUUCUUACAUUAAUACAAAUAUAAAGAAACGUCCAAAGUAUCCUAAAACUAAAGUAAACAAUACAAAAUAUACAACAGCAAGAUAUAAACGAAUUAAGAAGCCGAUCAAGACUCCAAACUCUGCAAAAAUAUAUAAGAUAAGGUACAAUAACAAGGAUAAUUUUGUAACAGAAUCAGAUGCAAUGGAUUCUUACUUCUCACAAUACCAAAUCCCACAAGCCUACAAUUUUCCAGUAAUAGUUACAGAAUGGAAUCCAUUAAUGAGUACAUUAAAAGUUCCAAAUGUGUAUACCACUCCUGUACAUAACAUACCAAUGACAAUAAUACCUCCUCAAAUAAUAACCCCGCUGUGCCCAUACAAAUGUCCUAUAAUUUCACCAGAUCCAAUGCUUGCUCAUGUUGUUCCUAAUGUAGUAAUUAGUGACGUAAUACCAGUUGGAUGUAACCUAUAUAGCCCUGAAAACGAACCUAUACUUAAUAAUGUACAAGAAGCGAUAGUUCCAGCUGUAGAUAUUGAGAGUUAUCAAUCUAAUUAUAAUACACAUGAAGAUGUUCUAGCUACACAAAUAGCAGAAGCUACUAUUGAUGAAUCUGUGAAAGAUGCAAAAGAUUUAGUAGAAUACUACUUAGCCUUGCCAAAGGAUCUAUUUCCUAAUGCACGGAUGUUAGCAAUGGACCCGAAUUUCAUAAUAGAUGAAUUCUGCAAAAUACCUGAUAUAACUGAAGACGUUUCAUGGAUAUUAGAUUUAGAGUUUGGUAUACCACGAGCACCAGUAACCAGAGCCAUAGCUGUUUACGAUGUCAAAUUUAAUAGUAUCCAUUGUAAGAACACUCCCCGCGCAAUUCAUCCCGGUUUCGAGAAAUGCCACGAGGACUUUAAACGGGUGCUGCUCUUUUAUUACGACUGUAUCGUAUCUACUUGGUACAAUGGAUAUAUUAUUAUGAAUUAUGACAGAUCCGUGGAGAAUUUUCAGUCAUGGCUGCUUAUACCAAUGCAGAUGUUCGGUAUGUGUUGGCCCUAG